UUGGGAUUUGUUCAGCCCCUCGGAUCAAAGGGAAAGAGGAAUGACUGAGUUUGACAUGGCGUUGUGUUGUGUAGUAGAAUUUGUGUGAAGCACUACCAGAAUGGCGUCCGCGAGCAAAUCCCCUGACAGCAACGUGGACGAUGAGUUCGCGCUGUGGAACUACGAGGAGCGGCUGGCGACGUUCGCGAAACACAGCUGGCCAUUUACUGUCGAUUGUACUUGCACGCCUGAAAACAUGGCUAAGGCUGGCUUCUUUCACAUUCCCAGUGCCAUGGAGCCAGACUUGGUGCGAUGCUUUGUCUGCCAGAAGGAGCUUGACGGCUGGGACCCUGAUGAUGAUCCUUGGUCUGAGCACAAGUCACACUCUGCCAAGUGCCCUUUUCUACUACUAAGUAAGGAUAUUGGCAAGCUGACUGUCAAAGACUUCCUUGCAUUGGAGCUGAAGAGACAAGUGGCCAGAGCGGAAUUCUUCUGCAAGCAGGAGCUGGCUCAGUUGAAGAAGGAAGCAGACGUAUGCCGGAAAGAACUUGACAAACUAACGUAACGGCCCAGUCACCCUUCGCUGGAACGAGGGUGUCAGUCAGUAUCCAGUGUGGUGUGUCAGUGUGUGUGCCCAUAACCCAUUACCGGUGUGUCAGUGUGUGUGUGUCAGUGUGUGUGUCCGUAACCCAUUACCGGCGUGUCAGUGUGUGUGUGUGCGUGUAUGUGUGUGCCUAUCACCCAUGGUGUGUGUGUGUGUGUUUGUGUGUGCCCAUCAUCCAUUGCUAGGCGAUCAAAGUUAUAACUGGUGGUGGUGGUGGUGUGGGUGGGUGUGACUCUGUAUGUGCAAUGUCUGUUCUAGCAUUACUUUCUUCUUGUCCUUGAUUUUGUUUAGGCUGUGGUUGUCUGCCACCGACGACCUGUAUUGUCAAUGUGCAUGCUGAAAAAUCUUCCCAAUCACUAGUUACCAUUAGUAAUGUAAUAUCUCUCAUGAAAUAGACCCUGGUCAAACCUGCAGCCUCGCCUGCAAGCAACAACGUCAUCUUUAAAAUCACUUCAACUAGAUCAUCUCUGGAGCGUAUUCACUGCUAACCAAGACACAUAACUGUCAAGCUCGGACUUCUUUCUCUAGUUGAGGCGCUGCCGAUUGAAUUCGCCCGCUGUGCCCCGUGCGCUUAUCCCGUAAUGGUUCUGCUUACAUCAUAACUGCAUAGCACCGCACUGCGGCAAUGAUUUGGAUCAUCAUAAUCAAUAUCUACAUGCA